AUGAAGGAUUAUUGCUGCCAUCCCUUUUGGGCUGCGGUGGAUGCCCAAAUGCCAGAUGAUCUUGUUCAAGUCCUCAAGGAUUAUACUGAUAAGGCUUUCCGAUUUUGCCAUCUAGUGGAAUAUGUCUUCGCCUCCAGGAACAUCUUGCCUGCACUUGAGCAGACAUACCCGACACCGGAGAUGUUGCGACAUUGGUCUCAGGAACUAGUUCCAUCUUUGAAGCCUUAUGUGGAUUCAAAAGAGCUGCUGCAAGAGUGUGAAGGUGUUUUUGCUACUGCUGCGGCUGAGGAUCUGCAGAAGCAGACAAUGUCGUGCUUCGAGGAAGUUGGCAAGAUAACCUCGAAAGUGCAUGCAACAGUAUUGACCAAUGUGGAGGUUUUGGUUUCGUCCAUGAGUCCUGCCCUGGCCUUCGAGUCUCAAGCCAAGUUGACCUUGCCACAGACAGGAGAUUGGUCUCACGUGCUCACCCGCUUCUUUGAGGUUGGUAAAGCUUGCAGCAAUUGCACCAAGAAGAAUCUCACAUUGAUGGAGCAUGUCGCCAUCUUGCAAAGCCUGCAAGAUCUCAGAGAUGCAAUGGAAGAAGAAAAGAAGAGCAAAUGCGAGAAAUUGAAGGCUACCCAGCUCGUUUCGGAAGAAGCAUUUGUUUGGGUUGACCGAGCCGUUGGCCUUAUGGCCAUAAAAGUCAACAGCCUGUGCAAUGACCAUGCCGGAUGCUUGGACACGGCGAUCCGCGCGGCCUCAGGCCUGGCUUUGAAAAUUCCUGAGUUCAAGCAAGAAGGCCACUAUAGGGAGACUAUCGGGAAAUUAUCUCAGAAGAUGGCAAGCGAUGCCAAGAAACUGAGUCUUAUGGCUAGCGAAUUCAGGAGUGCUUCCCUUUCAUUGCCACCUUGUGCUGAACGAGACGGAUACCUUCAGAAGGCUAAGAUCGCAGCAGGUGUGUCGCAACUACUGACGACCCACGUCACACUUUUCGCUUGCGUGACAAUGCUCCGAAACCCCGCUUUGAACACAAAAAGUGAAGCAGCCAAGAAAGCUGCAAAGCAGUUAGAGAACCUCGUCUUUACUCUUUUGUCACAAGACCUUCGUGCCACUCCUCCUUGCGAUGCCUUGGCUGAUACAGCACUGGUCAAUCUUUGGGACGAAGCCCGUGAUGCAGUGAAAGCCGUCACCAACAAAUUCGGAGUCGACGUCGAGAAGUUGUGGCAGGAGACAGUGGGAAUCAGAUCUUCCUUGCCCCCAUUGAGGGACAGCGACCUAGAGUCCUUGCGGAGGGAGCCAGCAAUGGCAACUGGUGCCAGCGAUGCUACACCCACGGCAAACCAGAGUGACCAGCAAGGCCAGGCGGCGCCCGAGGCCAAGAAUCAGGCGCCCUCGGAGGCAGGCACGGCGGAGCAGGUGGUAGAUGUCGUAGAGACAGCGAACAGCAUCGCUACACCUGCGGAGGCAGGCACUGCCACCGCACGUGCAACUGAGGGAAUCUCUGCUGCAGUCCCUGCCGAAAAGGAAGAUUUGAAUGCUGAAGCUGCCCCUGCUGCAGCCCCUGCCGAAAAGGAAGAUUUGAAUACUGAAGCUGCCCCUGCUGCAGCCCCUGCCGAAAAGGAAGCUUUGAAGGCUGAAGCUGCCCCUGCUGCAGCCCCUGCCGGAAACGAAGAUUUCAAGGCUGAAGCUGCCCCUGCUGCAGCCCCUGCUGGAAACGAAGAUUUCAAGGCUGAAGCUGCCGAGCAAGAUGAACGAGGGGCAGUGGCAACCGACAAAAACGAAGGAGGUGAUUCUGAUUCUGAUGUUCUGGUUCAGAUGGAUCCUGCGGCUGCUGCCAGGAAGGAUACCAAUGCUGCCAAUGCCAAUCCUGAGCCUGAAAGCAACCCUGAGCGAAAACGAAAGGUCGACACGACUCAAGGAUCUAUGGCACCCGAUCAGAAGUUUGGGGGGAAGAAGCCGAAAACAACGCCCACGGAGGCAAAGCCAGAGCUUGAGAAGGAAAGCAAAUCUGAGGACAAGAAGACGGAGAAGAAAGAGAAGAAAGAGAAGAAGCAGGAUAAAAAAGACAAGGGCGACAAAGAAGGCAAGCGCGAGAAGAAGGAUAAAUCGAAGGAUAAAUCAAAGGAGAAAAGCGAGAAGAAGGAGGACAAAAAACAAGAAAAGAAGGCGGAUAAGAACGACAAGAUCUCCAAGAAGGAGAAGAAGGAGAAAGUCGACCGACCUGUGGCCUCCAACUCGGCUGCGAGCAGCAGCGGCCGCCGGCCAGCAGAGGCGACCCUUGGUCUAGCUGCGAAGUUUGCCAGGGGACCUUUGGAUGAAAGUAUCGGAUUCGCGCAGUUGUUUGGCAUCACGAAAAAGAAUCCUAUCGAGCGCAAGCCGAUUGAGGAGCCGAAGGAGGACAACGAUGACAAAAGUGAAGCUGGCGCCUCUGAGAUGGAUGCCGUCUCUGACGUGGGUGCAGAUGAGCCUGCUCAACCUGUUUGUAUCUUCCGGAACAUCCUGGAUAUGGCUUCUGCAGAAGCAGAGUGUGUUGUCCAUAAGAAGAAAUGUCCGAUUCCGACGGUUGAUAUCUUGGUGGUAGGGACUAGUUGCAAAGAUAUGUCUAGGAUCAACAACGCCGCUCCGAAAUCCGCAGUUCUUCGAAUGGAGGCUAGCAAAGGGGGUAGUGCUCAAACAUUUCAGGGGCUCCUGGGACUAUUGGAUACAAGGCCUCCUGCGAUUGUCCUUUUCGAAAAUGUGGACACUAUCGACGACAACAAAGAUGGUGGAGAGAGCAAUCUAGAUAUCUUCAAGGCUGAAACGAGCAGUCGCGGAUAUGAUGCUCAAGUUGUUAUGACAGAUGCAUAUGAGUUUGGAUUGUCAGCGACUUGUGCUACAGAUAUGUGGCUCCCGGCCGAUGAUCCGGCAGUUCUCCGCGAGCUCGAGACUCGUGAAGAGAAGCGAGCAUCAGAGCGGGUUCUGAUGCAAGACCUCGCAGGGAAUGCGAUGGCAUUGCCCGUCGUACUCGCGAUGUUGCAGUGUGCUUUCGGUGCACUUUCUUGGCGAGCUACCGGGUCUGUGGCUCAGGAUCUGCAGGCCGCCCUUGUCGCCAUGGAAGAGCUCACCAAUCAGAAGCCGGAGCCCGCUAAUCAGACGUCAGCUCGUAGAGGACCUCCCCCGGACGAAGACUACGCCAGGCGCUGCGGCGGCUUCGUCAUUGCGUCCGCGGAGUGGAACAGCCUCGGCUGGACCACCCGCAGUUCGCUGCGCGCAAUGCUGCUUUGCCGAUCUCUGCAGGGCCGUCGCUUUGCGACGCGGCUGCCGCAGCUGCCGGAGUGA